AUGGAGAGCCAGAAUCCCGAUGCACGCCCUUUGCCUCCAGGAUGGAUGACUCAGUUUGACUCCAAUUAUCGGGCUUGGUACUACGUUAAUACCAAAGCCACACCUCCAGAAAUCACCUGGAACCACCCGUUAGGCCCACCUCCCACCUCGCCUCCCCCUCAAAGUCAAUACGGGCCUCCGCCAGGUCCUCCUCCACCCGGACCAACACAAUCAGACAAUCGUGGCUACAACCAACCUCCCUCGUUCCCAAGUAGUCCUGGAGGAGGAGCAGGAGGAGGGUAUGGGUAUGGUAAUCCGCAAGGAGGUUAUGGAGGAUAUAGCGGACCUCCGCAAGGCGGUUAUCAGCAACCACCACCCCAGUAUGGUGGUUAUGGAUCACCAUCUCCUCAACAAGGAUAUGGUCAAUAUGGUAGCUAUCAGGGGGGUUCCGGUUGGGACCAGACUCCUCCGCCUCAACAAAGCAAAGGUGCCGGUGGUUUACUUGGAAAGCUGAUGGGUGGUAGCAAACCACAACAACAGCCUCAGCAAGUCGUCUAUCAACAGGGUCCCCCGAAGAAGUCAGGUCCCGGUAUGGGCUCAAUGAUGGCUCUCGGAGCUGGUGGUCUUCUUGCCGGUGGUCUACUUGGAGCUGCUAUCGCCGAUGACGACAACGAUGCUUACAGGGACGGGUAUGAGGAUGGACAAGAUGGGGACUUUGGUGGUGAUUGGUAA